UUAUUUCCCUAUCCCUACAUAUAUAAAUACAUUGCCAAUGUGUCACAACCAUUUCAAUAAACUUGCACUUUACCCGUGAUUCAUUCACCCAAUCCCAUCUUUCAUUUCUCACGCAAAUUCAUUCUUCUUCUUCCUCUUCCACCAUGAGAAACAACGACUCUCCCUAUACACCUCUCCUAAAUGGGCCCCACAAUAACAAUCGUAAGGAGCUUCUUCUCAUUUUUUGUGGAUUGUUUUUACUUGCUUCUCUAAUAGCCUUCAGUGGCUACAAAGCUUCCGACAACGUUAGUGUCCCUCAUGCUCACGUGUCCUCGUCAUCUUCGAUUUUAUCCCAUGAAGAAACAAAACCAAACAUGGUUGUUUCACCAAGUGUUUCAGCUGGUGUGUCGGAGAAGUCAAAUGUUUUUCUCUCCGGGCCCAAUAAGGUUGGAGAAACUGAAUCAUUUCCAUGGAACAAUACUAUGUUGUCGUGGCAGAGAACAUCUUUUCAUUUUCAACCAGAGAAGAAUUGGAUGAAUGAUCCUAAUGGUCCUAUGUAUUACAAAGGAUGGUACCACUUUUUCUACCAAUACAAUCCAAACGGUGCAGUUUGGGGAGAUAUAGUUUGGGGGCAUGCUGUGUCAAGGGACAUGAUCCAUUGGCUUCACCUUCCACUAGCAAUGGUGGCCGAUCAAUGGUACGAUAGUAACGGUGUUUGGACAGGCUCUGCUACCAUCUUACCUGACGGUCAAGUCAUCAUGUUAUAUACUGGUUCAACCAAUGAAACAGUGCAAGUCCAAAAUCUUGCAUACCCUGCUGAUCUCAAUGACCCUCUCCUUGUGGAUUGGAUCAAAUACCCUGCCAACCCGGUUCUCGUCCCUCCACCAGGCAUUCUUCCAAAGGACUUUCGCGACCCAACAACUGCUUGGCUCACUUCUGAAGGAAAAUGGAGAAUCACCAUAGGCUCCAAGAUUAACAAAACUGGCGUUGCUUUGGUUUACGACACAGUGGACUUCAAGACCUAUGAGCGUAAAGAGGAUUUGCUUGACGCUGUUCCUGGCACCGGUAUGUGGGAGUGUGUGGACUUUUUCCCUGUUUCCAUGAAGUCUGAAAAUGGCUUGGAUACUUCUGUUAAUGGGGAGGAGGUUAAGCAUGUGAUGAAGGUGAGCUUGGAUGAUGAUAGACAUGAUUACUAUUCAUUGGGAAAUUAUGAUGAGAAGAAGGUUAAGUUCACAGCAGAUGAUUUGAAAAAUGAUGUUGGUAUUGGACUUAGGUAUGAUUAUGGUAUAUUCUAUGCUUCCAAGACAUUUUAUGAUCAGAAAAAGGAUAGGAGAGUUUUGUGGGGUUGGAUUGGAGAAUCUGAUAGCGAAUAUGCUGAUGUCGCCAAAGGUUGGGCUUCAGUUCAGAGCAUUCCAAGAAUUGUGAAGCUUGAUAAGAAGACUGGUAGCAACUUACUUCAAUGGCCUGUUGCAGAAGUUGAAAGUUUGAGACUAAAAAGCGAUGAAUUUAAAAACUUGAAGGUCAAGCCAGGGUCAGUUGUGUCACUAGAUAUUGAUACUGCCACACAGUUGGACAUUUUAGCUGAAUUUGAGAUAGAAAAAGAAGCUCUGGAGAAAACAGCCCAUUCCAAUGUGGAGUAUGAGUGCAGCAAUAGUGGUGGAGCUUCUAAACGUGGUGCAUUAGGACCUUUUGGUCUUUAUGUUUUGGCAGAUGGUGCUCUUUCUGAGUACACUCCUGUGUACUUUUAUGUUGUUAAAGGAAGUGAUGGAAAGCUUAAGACUUCUUUCUGCUCUGAUCAAUCAAGGUCUUCUCUAGCAAAUGAUGUUCAUAAACAAAUCUACGGGAGUGUAGUUCCAGUACUUGAAGGAGAAAAAUUGUCCUUAAGGAUAUUGGUGGACCAUUCUAUAGUUGAAAGUUUUGCUCAAGGUGGAAGAACAUGUAUAACAUCAAGAGUUUAUCCAACAAGGGCAAUUUAUGGAGCUGCAAGAUUGUUCUUAUUCAACAAUGCUAUUGAGACCAAUGUCACUGCCUCUCUCAAGGUUUGGCAGAUGAAUUCUGCAUUUAUACGCCCAUACCACCCUGAUCAAAAGAGCUAAACAAAUUGAAUUUGACAUUAGAGACACACAAUUGCAAAGACAAAUUAAGGGGAAACUGUUUUCGUUGGUAUGUUGUACCCAACAAAUGUAAUGAUCAAAUUAUCAACUUGUUGUUCAUUGUUGUGGGCUUUUUGUACGAUAUUCAUUCCCCAAUUUUUGUCCAAUUAUUUUAUUUUUUAGAAUUUUUCAUUGUAAUUUGGUUACUCUCUACAAGUGAUUGAUUAUAUUCACAUGGGGUUAAUAUUUCAAUUGAAGAGAAAUUAUGUCAA